ACCUGCCAGUCGCCAUGGUAGAUAUGAUGCUAAGAUUUGUAAUACAUUAGCGGAUACUAGUGGUUUUCAUUCUUCGGCAGUUAAGUGCAGACAUACACAAGGAGCAGCAGGGAGGUAUAAGGAGACAGCCAUGAGCCACCCGCAGGCAGGGAGACAAGUGAGACGUUCCAGCGCAGCAGGUGCCUAUCACACCCCAACUUCCUCACCCACAUUUGGGGACCCCUCACUGCCAAGAGGGGAAAGGUCACACACAGCAUCUCGGAGGAGGAUGCAAGUCCGACAAAACAGUGUACCAUUAGAUGAUAUGGAGAGUCCCCGACCAAUGUCAAGUGGUUCUGAUGAAGGUUAUGUCCCUUCUCCACCCCCUCGUCCACCAUCCACACAAAGGGGGCGCCCCAUGUCGUCAAGGCAACGACCCACGAGCUCUCGGAGAACUCGACCCUCACCGGUGGAAGAAGAUUUACCAAAUGUGACUGUUAUGAGACCUCCAUCAUCGUUUAACAAAUUCCGCCGUCUGCCCUCCAUUGGUGAUCCCAACCUUCAACAAGGGGAUACAACCUCUCUCCCCUCCAACAUGGCCAGCCUUCACCUUGGUGAGACCGGAGACUCCAAGUCCCACUCCACCAGACAGCCUAGUAGUGUGACAGUUGACAAAUGUGACAAAACAGAAACUCAAAGAGGUCAGAAUGAUCCCGACUCUGUGCCAUUCGAACCUCUCUCUGGAUUAGAUCCAUUAGCCCCAGAACAUCCAUUACCCCCAGAACAUCCAUUACCCCCAGAACCAUCGGAACAGGAAAAGCGGUUGCUGCUUGCAGUCAAACUGCCAACUGGCAAACGAUGUCAGCGCUAUUUCAGUCCAUCGGACUAUCUGCAAGAUAUACACCAUUUUGCAGAAAACAUCACACAACAGAAUUUGUCACAGUACGUAUUGGCGUGUAACGCACCAAGGAAAGUGUUUUCCAGCUUGACCGUACAGAUCCAGGAUGUGGAACUGCUGGACAAGACGGUUCUCUACUUCGAGGAAAAAUAGGGCUGUGCUUGAAAGAUGUGUAUAGUUUUAUGCACUCAAAGAAGACAAGUGUUUUGAAUAGGGGAGACAGUUUAUUGGAUAUGUGAUAGUAUCCAUGAUUGCAGAUUUAAUAUUUUUGACUUACGUUUUUAUUGAUUGGAAAGCAAUUCAACACUGCACUGUGUACAGAAUCAGAUGUUCCACAAAAGGACAACCCCUGCAUGGUUGUUGGUUAAAAAUAGAUAAUAGAAUGGAUCUUGUCUCAUCAAAAGCUUUUGCAAUCAAAGACACACAGAGGGCUCAAUUAGAGCAAAUGUUGCUGUGAUAUGAAAUUAGUUGUUCAGUUAAAUACCCAUCACAACUUGACUACAUAUCAGAUCAUUCCCAAUCUCACUGAAAUCAGAUCUUAGUUCUCGCUACCACUGAGGACAUCCCAUUAUGGUUCAUGUCAGAACGACCUUUCAACCCACCAAUCAGAACGUCGCGAACCAGAUUGGGAAAAAUACAGUCGGAAAAGGUUAACUUGGGGUAUUCCAAAUGAAAUUUACAGGCUUUACAACUGAUUUCAUCAAAAUCAUCGUCUGUCUUGCAUUUCAAUGGGAUAAACAUUUGAAAUGGAAGAGACUAUCCAUACUCCAUGGAAAGUUUACUGUACAAUUUCAGCCAUCUGUUACACAUUCCAGAUAUAUCUUUUGGUCAGUUUUCAUAACUUGAAUAGAGAACUCUGUCAAAAUAUUUUGAAGUGUAGACUGCAAUAGAAGCUGGCUGUUUGAAACUAGUUCCGUAAAGGUCCAGAAAGCUGCUUUCUGAUUGGCUAACGGCUUUCUGAUCGUGAUGUCAUGUUUUGACAUUACCUGUAAUGGGAUGAAUACACAAUGCCAUUUAGAAAGUGGUCAAAUGUAACAAAUGUUAUAUUUGGGAUAACACUUUCUUAGUAAAGUACAGAUUCUCGAAUUUCUUUUAGGUUGAGUCCUGUCCGGGAUUCGAACCCACACUUGCCAGAGUGAGGCACCUAAUCGCCAGCACACAAAGUCAGCGAUCUAACCCACUCAGGUGCCGAGGCUUCCACAAAAUGAAAGUCCGACAACUGGUAG